CGGCGCUGAGGCUGCUGGGAGGGAGAAUCGGUCCGGUGGAUUUGCGCGCGCGCGCCCUCCUUACUCUACGUCUGGUGCGGAGCGGAAGAGCGGUUGGCGCGGGAGGCGUAGCUCGGAGUAACGCUGGAGGACAAGAUGACUGGAUCAAAUGAAUUUAAGCUGAAUCAACCUCCAGAAGAUGGAAUCUCGUCAGUGAAAUUCAAUCCAAACACAUCUCAGUUUUUGCUUGUUUCUUCUUGGGACACAUCUGUUCGAUUGUAUGAUGUUCCUGCUAAUACCAUGAGACUCAAGUAUCAACACACUGGAGCAGUACUUGACUGUGCUUUUUAUGACCCAACACAUGCCUGGAGUGGAGGAUUAGAUCGGCAGCUGAAAAUGCAUGACUUGAACACUGAUCAAGAAAAUCUUGUUGGCAGUCACGAUGCGCCUAUAAGAUGUGUUGAAUAUUGUCCAGAAGUGAAUGUAAUGGUAACAGGAAGUUGGGAUCAAACAGUCAAGUUAUGGGAUCCAAGAACACCUUGUAAUGCGGGAACUUUUUCUCAGCCUGAAAAGGUGUAUACAUUGUCUGUAUCUGGUGACAGAUUGAUAGUGGGAACAGCUGGUCGAAGAGUUCUGGUGUGGGACUUACGGAACAUGGGCUAUGUUCAGCAGAGAAGAGAAUCAAGUCUUAAAUAUCAGACCCGUUGCAUCAGGGCAUUUCCCAACAAACAGGGUUAUGUGUUGAGCUCCAUAGAAGGUCGGGUUGCAGUUGAAUAUUUGGACCCAAGUUUGGAGGUGCAGAAGAAAAAAUAUGCUUUCAAAUGCCACAGAUUGAAGGAGAAUAACAUUGAGCAGAUUUACCCUGUCAAUGCCAUCUCUUUUCAUAAUGUCCAUAACACAUUUGCUACAGGUGGCUCCGAUGGCUUUGUCAAUAUUUGGGAUCCAUUCAACAAAAAAAGACUCUGCCAAUUUCAUCGGUACCCUACCAGUAUAGCUUCACUAGCUUUCAGUAAUGAUGGGACUACUCUUGCAAUAGCAUCCUCAUAUAUGUAUGAAAUGGAUGACAUUGAACAUCCUGAAGAUGGUAUCUACAUUCGCCAAGUGACUGAUGCAGAGACAAAACCCAAGUCAACUUAAUCUUGAUCAGAAACUUUUACUACUAGCAAAACAAACUAAUCCUUGGAUUAAAUGUUGUUUUAUGACAAUAUUGUUGUCAUAAUGUUUUCAUUGGGUAUAUUGUAAAUCUUUUUUUAAAAAAACCCGUAGCCAAGAAUUGUUAAUUUUGUUCACCUGAUUUUGAAAUAUUCCUGUAAGCUAGUUCAUUCUUUUGAAAUGUGACAGUUGAAUUUUUGUAUAGAUUAAUGGUGGCCUAAUUGUUUGAAUAAAUGUUUUCAACCCA